AUGUCAUCUAACAAUAACACAAGCAUUACAUUAGCAAUUCUUCAACUUCAAAGUGCUUUUCGAUAUUCAAGCCUUAUUUUAGGAUUUAUUCUAUUGAUCGGUGGUGUACUCGGAAAUAUUCUUAACAUCAUAGUCUUCAUUAGAUUUGGAAAUUACAAGAAUAAUGCAUGUUCACUUUACAUGUUUGUUCGUACUUUUCUGGAUCUCUUCAUUCUUCUUGUUGGUCUAACCACUCGAAUUCUUACUACAGGUUUUCAAAUGGAUUUUACUAUAAUGAAUCGAAUUUGGUGUAAAACGCGUGGAGGUUUUACCGAUAUUAAUAGUGAAGGUACAUAUACUUUGAUUUGCUUACAAGCUAUUGAUGCUUUCAUUUGUUCUUCUCCAUCUGUUAUUGUACGACAAAAGAGUAAUAUUCGAAUAGCACGAUAUUUAAUACUUGGUACUCUUUGUUUUUGGUCUAUUUAUGAGAUACCCUACUUUAUUUUUCAAGAUCUUGUUAUCGUAGGAGGCACUCCCAUGUGUAUCACAACAAAUACAAUUUAUGCUCAGUAUCGUAUCUAUGUUUCCGGUCUUGGUAUUAUUACUAUUACUCCAAUUACUGUGAUAUCAAUUUUUGGUUAUCUCACUGUCCGACAUAUGAAAACUAUCGGUGUAACGAGAACACUUUCUUCUCUUACAAGACAAACAAUUAGCAUGGCACUAUUUCAAAUAGUUGCUGUAUUAGUAUUUAAUGUCCCAAAUACAGCUUCGCUAAUUUACUCAAUUAUUACAGCAAAUGUAGCUAAAGAUACUUAUAGGCGGACAGUGGAACAGUCAAUUACUUCAUUUAUUUCUACUUAUGCUUGUGGUCCAUAUGCAAGUUCAUUUUAUUGUUAUUGUUUAUCAAAAAGAUUUCGAAAUCAGUUGGUGGUUUCUCUCAAAGAGAUCGUUGGCAGUAUACGUAAGAAUCAAGUGUUUCCAAAUACUCAACGAAGUGGCACUCGUACUUAA